ACUUGGUUUAAUUGCAUGUUAACAGGAAUAACUAUCUUAUCCUAAUCAUUGUAUAGCAGUGGGUUGGCGGAUAUUUGGCUGACACCUACUUGUUUUUAAAUUGACAGUAAGUUGAGAUGCUGUAUAUACUUGUCCACAAUGUUCCUCUGUGGUGUUUGAUAUGACUGACUGAUUAUGACCACCUACUGAUCUUGCAUGCUUACUUGAACAUUUUCAACCUUUUUCUGUGCUAUGUCGACAGAGAAGGGAAACCUUGUUUUCAAAUGUACCCAGUAAUCCAUUCAAUGGGCCCAAUAGACACACAAUAAAACAAAGUCGAUAUGUGAGCUUUGUCUGCUGCUUCAGCUCCUACACAAAUUAAAAAUAAAUGCUGGCUGUUUCAGCUGGGUUAGUUUAGUUUGCCAUUAUUUCAGACUAGCUGUAACACAGUCAGUGUUGGCAUUAAAGCCAAGUGCAUCCAAGCGGCAUCAAACAAGUCCAUUUCAGUGAGACUGAAAGCUAAAAGAGUUUGCUUUUAAAGUAUAUAACCAUACAAGAAAUAAAAAGGAAACAUUUGGGUUUGUUGUGCUACAGUAAUGCAGGUGUGCUCGCUACAAGACAAUGUACACAAUGCUGUUAUGGCAGGUCAAGAUAGGAUGAAUGGUUGUACUUGUCCAAAGGCAAAUAUUAGUUUUCAGCCUUCUCAAGGCGGAGUCCCAUCAUCACCUUGUGUAUUUUUGAGUUCAGUGUUUAUCUAAGCUCAGCUGAAAAGUAUGCACACAUGACUUUAGUGAGCAUACUUUCAUUAUACUUAGAAAUGUAAGUACUUUAACUCUAUACUGUUUCUAUACUAUACUCAAAUUACCACAGGAACCUGUAACCCUGCUGUGUGGUGGGGAUGAAAAUAAAAGUGUACUACUAAGUUUAUUGGAGUGUAAAUGUAUAUGUUGCAGUUUAAAAAGCUGCACUUUUUGUAAAGCUAUGAGGUGAAAACCAAACACAAAAAAGAUCUAUCAUCAUGCAGUGACAAAGCAUGUGACAUGAUUUUGAAAUUCUCAUAUGUUACAAUGUAUUGGUCUACAAAUUCAUGUUGCUGAUAUCACGAAGCAUAAUUAAGGUAGAGACCUGGAUAAAAGUAAUAUUUAAAUAAAAAUACAAAUAAUAAUAAAAUGUAUCCAUACAUCACUUUUCAAAACAGGGUUACUAAGUCUUUUACAAAUAAGGCAGGAUGUCAAGAGCCCAGGAGGAGGGUUUUAUUUUGUUUAUCACUUUAGUGAGUGUAUCAGUUGAAACUGUGUUGAAAGAGUGAAAGGCUGCUGUGGUUUUAAAAGAAAGUAGUUUUUGAGGAGGAAGGGUACUAUGAGUUCUAAUGCUGGAAACCUUACUGAUAAAAAGGUUAAAAAUUCCUCAGAUUUUUAGGGGAAGAGUCCAUUCAAACAGCUGCCUCUGAGGCAUGGUUAGUCACAUUAAACAAAGUCCCUGAGUUGAGACAGUUCUUUUCAAUCAGAACAGAAAAAUACAUGGCUUUGGGCUUUUUUAACCUUUGCAUUGAAAAUCCGCAUUACAUUUUUUAAAAUCAAUUUGGAGGCUUUCCACUUACAUACUUCAGUGCUAAAAUGUGAUGCCAUUUAUAUUCAUCAUGAACUGCAACUUAAUUUGAAGCAGCUUUCAUAUUUCUUCUGUAACCUGUAGGUAUUACACCCGCACUACACAAUGUUCAUGUCCAGGGAUGUGAGUAUUAUUUUGAAAACAAUGACCGGAAGUGUCGUCAUCUGUAAUCCAUGUAGCUUGAUAGUUGUGUAAACGAGAUGCAGGGGACCUGAGGCCGCCGGGGAAGAACACCGCAUUUUCAGGAAUACACCCAGCCAGGAAAAAAAUGGAAAAUAAAAGGAUUAAACAGGAUAUCCCGAAACUGAGUACAAGCCUUAGAGCCAGGACCGUGAGUGACUGGAGACACCUCGCUCUAACAUCAGCGUCUUCAGUCACAGGACAUCGGUAGCUGACUGCCCGGCUUGCUAGCCCGCAGUCCUUCCCCACAAUCUCCACUCCACAAUCACGGAUCUCCGUGUUUUAACAGGAUAAUAAAACCUAGCCCGUACUUAAUAACUUGAGCGAUUCCUCCCAUCUGCUUUCAUUCAACCAAAGGAAUGACCUGCUAGUCCUCUACAGCAAAUCUGACCGCUAGGAUCAAGCUAGCAUCCUCUGGAGUUGGAUGGACUCGCGGCUCUCACUCAAACACCCACAGCAUCCCUGCCCGGGACGCGUUCAAGCCUGCGCGACUACCGCACAGGAAUGCUAACUAAUGAGGAAGUGGCUUUAAAAUGACGAGAAGCGCUGUGUCUCCUCUGCUCCAGGCGUUCAGGUGCUACAAGAACAUUUUUUAGAUGCCAAAUGUAAUGACCGCCCUGAGUUUGCGCCAUGUGUGUGACUGGCCGUGUCUGUCUCCAGCCCUGCGGAUGACACUCACACAGGCAGCGGCGGCUCAAAGCGAACAGCGGCGGCACGGAUUCACCGUCACCGGGUAGCGCUGAGAGACUUGACGUGAGCCUGCUAACGGCAAGCUAAGAGGCUAACCGCACAAUAUUGGAAAAAAAAUCAAUCACAUACCCACACCAAUGGUAUCCCAUAAGGUUUUGGUCGCAAUAAUAUUACUUAACGUGUAUAUAGGUGUACAGUCUAUUUUUUAUUUAUUUGGCGGCGUCCUUUUAACGGUCCUGUUUGCUAUGGCAUUUUUAAAUGGACCCAGACUGCUGGACUGGGCAAAUUCACCUCCACAUCUUCAGUUCAACAAAUACGUCUUAACGGGGUAUCGGCCAAUCUCUUCGGUGCAAGACUGCAUCAGGAGCCUUUUCUACCUGCACAAUGAACUGGGAAACAUCUACACUCACGGUGAGUCAAGCGUCAGCAGGACCUGCUUAGUCAGCAGUUGAGAUGUGUGUAGCCGGUGUGACUUUGAGUAUUAAACCACACAUCAGUUCAGCCUCGACCUGCACAAGGAUGUCAAGCCAGCCGCUCUACACACUGCACACACUGGACUGCUGUCCUCUUUUUGGACCACAUAGAUACAGAGCUAAAAUAUACCUUUUCUUAAUUUUAAGUAUUUUACUUAACACAAACUCCACUUUAUUUUAAAGAGAAAUAAUGUGUGAGCAAUGCCCACUUUUAAUUAAAGGAGCACUUUUAAGCCAGUGAGUUCAAACUGCUUUCUAAGGUAAAGAAUAUAAAUACAAAGCUUAAAUGAGAGACAACCACAAGAAGUAAAUAAUGAAAAAGCAUGCACACACAUGCACAAAUACUAAUUUGAACAAAUAACAAGUGCAUUAAGAGUAGCUUAUUUGAUGGAGGUAAGUAUGAAUGGCUGUACAAAAAUGCAAAAAACCAUGUAACCUGGUAAUGUGUUCAAAACUUGGCCAACAUACUGACACACCAUUUAGAAUAAAAUUAGCAAAGAGACUAUAUUUGAUAUUAAAUUAAUAAAUUCACGGAUUCAUUGUGUUCAAAUUUGUCUUUUAAAUAUUUGUAAAAAAAUUUAAACAGCUGACAGAAAGACACCCACAACUUCUAGGAGCCCACGAGAGAUCUUGUUUUGUGUAAUCAUGGAAAGAAAACCUGAAGAUUUGUGUUUUAUUUCAUAUAUAUGACACAAAAGUAAAAGAUGUCUUUCAUGUAAAAAGAAUCCAACACUGUCUGCAUCACUUCUCAUGCACUGAGUCAUUCUGAAAGUUUGCAUCAUUUCCCAUGAAACUUACUCUUGUGGCAGUGAAGGACUGAGAAAUUUCUUCGACACUUUGUGUUUAAAUUUUCCAUUUGUUGGUCUACUCUUUUUGUGCCAAUAAUUCUGUUUUAAUUUCUGCUAUAAAACCUGCACUUUUUGGUAAAGAUGUUGAAAAUGACUGGCGCUGUAGCUUAACUGUACAGACCUGAAAGUACCUUCAGUGGCAGGUAAAAGUUCAGCUUCUGGAGUCUCUUCCAGGGGUCUUCAGCAGUGAGAAAUCCAGCUCUAAAAAUAGUUAGGCAUGGUUAAGUCGCUGAAGCCAAAUCUUCCUGCUCCACAAAGGCUCUUUACUGGAACCAUUCUUGGGUUUUACGGUUGUUUAAACUGUGGUUGGUUUGUGUACACACAUAUCAUUAAAACGAUUUUAUGUUGUAGUACAAAGAUGAUCCGAUGUCCUCAUGGGGGACUGCUUUGGGACACUUCGUCCAACUAAUGAAAGAUCUACGCCCUUACACCCUGAUUCUGAGGGACUCUGACGACACCACAGAUAAAUGACACUGUACUUGUGACUUUACUGUAAGAAGUGAUAUGAUGACAUUACAACAAAUUUGGAGAAAUAACAAAAAAAUAGAAGCCUUAGUUGUGUCUCUCCAUUAUACAAUUAGGCGUCACUGAUUUAGCAGGUCUGGGAGAGUUAACAUUAAUGCACCUACAGUAUGUGUUCAUGUGUGCUCCCAGAGGUUAAACUGACGUGUCAAGCUCUUACUGUCCUCUCAGUCUGUGAUUGUCUAUUAUGAGACUGGCAGCAUAUCUCUUUGUCCCUCCCAGGUUAUGCCAAUUAAAUUACAUCCUGAAUCGGAACAGGGUGCAGCAGGUUCAUCCUCAGUGUGCCUGCACAACUUCUGAGCCUUUCACAACUUCCUCGUUCUGAAGGUCGCUAUUUCAUUGCACUUCACUUGCCAGAAGUCACACAAUAAACUGCAGGGAUGAUCACUGAGGAAGUGGCCCUGGAAGUCUUAAUAACCCCCCAGUGAUGUCAGCUGAACAUGUGACCUCAAAUGCACCUUUAAACAUCAUUGUCUAUAUCAGGAAGUGAUGUGUAAUCCAGAGAGCCUCUGUCCAAAUUGUUUCAGAUGAAGUCAUUUUUAAUUGUCUUUUAGUUUCAAUAGUUUUCAAGUUACCCCAGCAUUUGUGUUGCAUGUAAACUCAACACCUUUGAAAGAUAGACCUUUACUGUCAUGCAGUGUACAAGCACAGGUACAAUGAAACUGGAUGGCUGUCCUCACCAGUGCAAAAAAAUCUUGAAUGAAAUGAAAUGACAGUAAAUGCAUACAUCAAAACAACACUUAAGUGUAAAAACUUCACUCAGCGGAGAUUAUUGGUCUCUGAGUGAGGCCGAGUAUGGUCUGUUGUCUAUGCUAGGACGAGUGGGGGGAGGAGCCGAGAUAAAACACUUAAAAUAGAUGUGUUACAUUAGAUGGUAUUGCCUGUAUCACCUGGCUGGGCAUUGACAUUGGGAAAGGCAGAGUGAGCAAAAUAAAGAGGGGGAAGGGAACGCAAUAUGUGAUAAAUGAUCGCAACAACUGGAUGUGGAUCAAAUUUCAAGGUCUGGAUUUUGCUCACAAAGCAGUGAACGCCUCUGCUGUGCCAAAUACAGACACUCUGAUUUGAACUAGGUAGCUAAAGCAGUGUGGCCCUUUAGCUGCAUCAAAAUAAAAGCUCAGUGUAAGCGUUUUCUUCCCCUCACAGGGUAACACUGAUACAUCUGUGCCAAUCAUGUACAUUUCUGCUCGUGCACAAUAUUCUUGCUGGUGUCUGCACACACUCAGCAUUGUGAGGUGGCCUUUGCAACGACUCAGGCUUGGACAGUGAAAAAAGAGGGUACCCUCAGGCCUUCAAAAGUUCUUUGCUAGAUGACCUUUAACAGUUAGCAUGGCGACUUCGUUUGAUUCGUCAAAACAUCUGUGUUUUGUGCUUAAGUGUGCAUUUAACCUCAGGCAUUAUUUUCACUCAACCACAGCAGGAAAAAAUUGUUCAUUCAUAUGCUGUAAAUAUGUUGCUUUUUACAGAGCUCCCAAAGAUCCCUAAAGGUUUCUGCGUUUUUUUUAUCUUGCGCUCCUCAGGAAACAGCAUGUAAUGGUUGUGUGUGCUUGUGUUGUGCCAUAGCACCUCACAAUUGACUCCAACUUGCUGUUUACUCUUUUAACAACAGCAUUUAAAGUCAGUGCAGCCACUGUUACUGUAGUAUGACACUCCAGAAAUGACGAAACAGGGCUUGACACUUACUUUUUUCCCAAGGAGCACAUGUGCUCCUAAGUUAAAAAAGUAAGGAGCACACAAAGAACUUUAGGGGCACAAUGAAAAUUGAUCAAAUAAUGUUUGUCUUAUUGGUUGACAUAAGUACUAUUAUUUGAAAUCAAUUUUAGGUCUUUUGGUCACAUGACAUGGAAGCUAUUGAAGGAGAACAGCCUUUUCUGAGAACAUUAACCGGUAAUUUAUUGAUUGUCGCUUAUUCAACACCCGACGUUGACAGCAAGGAUGCCGAGUAGAUUUAACCGCGCUGCUGUUGCUAUCACCGGUUAUGGAGAGUGAGAAGACACUGGUGGGUCCGCAGUGAAAUAUCUAACCUAAAACUAACUUCACUGCACAUGAAAAAACAUUUGUUACCUCGGCUAUUUUUUUAUGCCCACAUGUGCCCCUAAAUACACUUAACAAUUAGCACACAUCUAUUUUAAGUCGCAAAUGCGAGUGAAAUGGUCGCACUGUCGAGCCUUGUAAAACCACAAAAAGAAACUAAUUUGAUAAGAGAAUGUUAAUUUAUUUUAGCGAAACAUAUGACAUGGGGCGCUACCCUUUGUCCGCAGGGGCCUCAGCAGAAAGUGCUUGUGCUUAAUGAAAACAGCAUAUUACUGGCCAAUGGUGCCUGAUAAUGACAAAUGAUGGCAGUUGAUUGCAAGUGGAAUCAUAAAUUCUGCUACGUUAAUAUAAGAUUAUAAUCUGUAUGCAUAGAUAGGUACUUGUUUGCCCAAAUUCAAAAAUGAUCACCCUUUAGGACUUAAGGGCCUCUAUUGCUUUUGCCUUCUCCUGUAAAGAAGACUAAUUUCUUCAUCAAAAGCAUGAAGAAAUGAUUUCUUAAAUAUACAACAAUGUGUUUGGCAGGUGCAUCUUUAUUCUUAUUUACAGCUACCCAACAACAGAUAUUUCCAUUUUUUUCUCUCCAGGCAUCCCUCUGGUUUGCUUCCUGGUGCUGCUUCCUCUUAACAUUCCCUGGUCCCAGAUCAGUGUCACGUGGCUGGGCGUGGUGCACUUCCUGGCCUGCCUGUCGCCUCAGCUGGGCUCUGUGCUCUAUCACCUUUUCAUGAACCAUGAGGGAGGUGAGCCCGUCUACCACACCCUCCUCAAACUGGACGUGUGUGGAAUCUGCAUGAUCAACACUCUGGGUGAGCCUCAGCAAAUUUCUUUACAGCGAAUCCUUCUGCACUCAAGCACUUCUGUUAUUGCUGCUCUGUUCACUUUGAGGGUGGAACUUCUCGUUAUUGAUUAUUAAUGAUUUACUGAGGAAGUGUUUGCUUGGAGGUUUACCGGUAUUGAUUUGUCAGGACAAAUUUGACUGAGUCAAAAGGCCAAUGUAAGCAAUGAUCCAAGCUCUGGAUUUAUUACUGAUCUGCCCGCUGCCUGUGUUAUGAUAACACAAAGGUCUAUGGCAGUAUCUUACUUUAAUUUCAGAUCCUCACAGCAGACUGCUUAGAUAAGCCAAAGAGUGAUAGAUAGAGUGAGAAAUAGAUGUGGACUUGGAUCUUGAUGCCUGUCCUAUAAACAACAAUUUAACAACCAGUGGCUUAAUAUACACAGGCCCACGUUAUUAAUGAUUUAUUCCAAAGUCAUAACAUUUGGUCAACAAUUGUCCUUUGUUCCCUGGCAUUGCUCCUGCAAAGUUUUGUAUGGUAUUUAAGAGGUAGUGGUGCCAAUCAAAGGUGUCAAUCAAUCAUACCGCUGCAUGAUAUUACAGUGCUGGUAGCUCCUCAUUUGUUUUUUAUCAUCGAGAACAAAAAGUUAAAGAAAAUUUAAACUUUGUUUUUACUGCAUUUCAGCCUUUCUCCCCUCAUGUUGAAGGUGGAAUAUUAAGCCAAAUUUACUCUAAUGGAAAGUUUUGUUUAGUAGAAGUGGAAGGCUUCUUUUUGCCUGGGCUCUCAACAGCUUGCCCUCUUCCUGUUGGUGUUGUGUGAGGUGUUGCGCUGCUGCUGCUGUAGGGUGGGUGUUAGAGGUCUUUCUUUUUUUUCAUACUUGUCUUUGUGUGUUUUCUCAUCUCAGGGGCACUGCCCAUUGUCUACAGCACACUUCUGUGCUACCCUUUCAUCCGCACUGUGGCCCUGUUAGUCUACAUCCUGCUGUCCAGCCACGCCAUCUACUGCGCUGUCACGGCUCGGAGCAGUGUUCGCCGGCUGCGCUCCUUCGCCUGGCAGGCGCUUUUUCGCUUCUCCUUCUUCCUGCUGCGCUGGGUGGGUGUAGGUGGCGGAAGCCCCACCUCCUUACGCCACUUCCUCACGAUGGACGCGCUGGCCGUGCUGGGCGGGGUCAUCAACAUCACGCGCAUCCCAGAGCGUUUCCGCCCGGGCCUCUUUGACUACUGGUGCAACAGCCACCAGAUCAUGCAUGUACUAGUGGUUGGAUCCAUCCUUUACCUGCACUGGGGCGUACUGGAUGACCUGCUGUGGAUCAACAGCUACAACUGUCCCUCAGAAUGACCCGCCCUGCAGCCCCCAACCCCCUACCAGGAGCACUUGGAUGUAUUUUGAAGGACCUCUAGGGGGAGGGGGGGUGAACAAGGAAAGGGGAAACUGAGGCUGCGAGGUCAGACGAGGUGUUGUCCGUGCAUGUGUUCGCCUCAUGCACUCCAACUCAGAAUGUUCAUAUCUUCGUCCAUCUUGGUACUUUGUGCGAAUGCAGGCAAAGGUUUGUCAAGUAACACGCACAAGCAGUUUGACUCUUUCACUUGCAGCAAACAUGGACUCUCACAGAAAAAUGGAAACAGCAAAUGAAUCAAAUACCGAACACUUUCAAGUCUUAGGUAAUGGCUCUAGUUAAAGGUUCUGGCUGGUUUUAAAGCCUUUAUUCAACAGUAGAAGUUGAACUUGAGCAUUAGAUAAAAGGGUCAGUCCAGACAGUCUGUGGCUAAACAAUAUAUCACGCUCAAGUCCUCUCAGAUGUCACUGUUGCUACCUAUGCAGCACAUCCAUAUCUAAACUCACCCACAUUGCAUACACAGCACAACGCUCAGACACCCUCACUCCUAUAUUUUUAUACUACAUGUACAUAAUACGAGUAUUGCACGCAGCACUCAUUUAACUCUCACUCCAUCCAACUGACUGAGUUUUACUGGACCUUUUGUCCCAUCCGCGUGACCUUGUUUCCCGCCACUGCCUCUUUUUGUUUCUGUGUGCGUCAGUCUGAUUUGUGGUUCUUGUCUCAAAGUGAGAUAAAAAAUGGAGAUGGGUGAGAAGGUUCAUUCCUGAGUGUGCCAGCAUGUUGGUCAUGAGUUUACCUGCUAAAGGACUGCAUGUCAGAGAGAGUGGUGCAGUUUGAUUAAUUUCUGAGCACAGUGCCAAUUAAAUUCAGGCACUCUUCAUCAGAAAAAAGUGCACACCUUUACAAACUGUACUGUUCAAUGGAGUUGUUGUGUAGAAACUCCUUUUAAUGUAUUCAUGAAUAUUUAUGAAAUGCUCAAAGUUUUUAUUUAACUUAAGUUGUUAACUGUCUCAUAUGUUGAAAUGUUUUCAUGCACAUACGGGCUGUGGGAAAGUCCUCUUAUGUGCACUUUAGGUUAGCAGAACAGACAACAAUAACCACACCGAUGACCUCAAAGACUCGAUAGUCUCAAACUGAGAAGCCGCUAAGUCAACAAUCGAUCUGUAGAACAGGGUGGCAGGAUGCACUGAAUAGAUGAAGCCCUUAAAGCUGACCUGUGUAUUGGCACUGCAUACACAAAAUACUGUAAAGAAAUAUGUUAUAAUAAUGAUUAGACUUUAUUUAUCUGUUGACUGAUCCAGUUCAGCUUGUGUUUCUGUCGGCGAGCCAAACAGUAUAUGUUGAUGCUGUGCAGGAUCACUGGCUGACAGGUCAAGUUGGAGGUCAGAGAAAAUCUUUUGUUUUAUUCAGAGCAUGCAAAUCCGGAGGAUUAGCUCCUUGCCUCCCAUCCCCACACACACUUUUUUUUCACAGAUUUUGACUCCCACUUCAUUGUGGAGAUAGACCUCUCUCUUUCUAUCCCUGCUUGAGUACAUUUACACAAAUGAAGUUUGAGAAAGCGGGUUUGUUUUGAUCGAACUGCACUCUGGCUUGAAAGAAAAUGUUUACUAUGUAUGGGUGUUUGCUGUACACUGUGACCCUACUUACUGUGGAUUAUAAGGGUCAGCCAUUAAUGCUACAUAGCAGGUCCUAUUACUGACACUGUAUGUGUUCAUAUUGAAAUGCCCUGCUUUUGCUGUGCAGCUGGAUCUGUGUUCAGUGAUGGAUCACAGCUUGACUUGCACUUUAUUUUGAUUUGUUUGAUGUCUUUGUGGAGUUUAAGUGGAGUUGUAUUUUGUGAAGCUGGCCUUGCCAAACAGGAAUGAACCCUUACACCCUCUUGUAAUGUAAAAGUUACACGAAACCAUCAUGAUUGUUCUGCUACUGUGUUUCCUCUGAGAUGAUACAGUCACUACUAUUGUAGGAUGGGCUCCCUGCCUUCCUGCCGUGGAGGCCCGUUUCUGCCAAAAAACUUACACAUAUAGAGGAAAAACUGAGCCCUGAUGAUUAAAAGCAGCACAAAUGUAAAGUAAUUACUAUGAGAGGACAAAGUGUUGAGGCUGAGGACUGAAAUACCAAGAAGAAAAUCACUUUUAUGAGAUGAACAUAACAUAACAAUGAUGUCAAUGGGAUAAAAGUUCAGGAAUUCAAAACAAACAAACAAACAAACAAACAAAAACUGCAUAAUUAUGAAAAAGCGAGGAAAGUUAUUCUAGUGCGAAGUGUUGGAUUCUUGUAAGAAGUGCAGAAAGUCAAUUACAAAUGUGACACAGAACUUUAGGCUAAGUUAUUCAAUAAAAGAUAUUCAAUGAAAGGCGAGGCUUUGUUCUACUGAGAUAAAAAGUCCAUUUUUUUAUCAUUAAUUUGUAAGAGAUGAGAAACUGAUAAUGAGAUAGAGUUUUUGUGUGAUAAAGGUUAAGUGAUAAAACAUCUGGCUUUUCUUACAUUAUGACAGACUUGCUGAAAAUUUUUUAACUAUUUACCUCAUAUUUUUAACUUUUUUUUUCGUAUUUUUGACUUCAAAUCUCAUAAAAGAGACUUUUAUAAAUCUCAUUUUAAAUCAUUAUAUAGUUAAAUUGACAGUCUUUAAAUCUUAGUCAUUCAAUUUGCCGUCAUUUGGACCGAUCAGUCAUAAUAAUGACUUUAUUUUGUUUUUUAUUCAACAUAGGUGACUAUUUUUAAUCAUCAAGGUUUGUUUGGUUGUUCCCAUUUUUGUCCAUACUGGUAGAAGCGGGCUUCCCCAUGCUAGUGGACUGAGUAGUGGCUGAACUGCUGUUCCUCCUCCAGAGGCCCACUUUACUUUCUUAAUGACAUUGCACUGGUGUCCCAUGCCAACAGUCACAGCCGCCCACUCACUCGAGUUGCCAAUUCUGUCAGGCCCUCUUCAUCUUGCCAAACGAACUGCGUCUGAGGUGUAGCACAUCCUCUGCUUCCUGUGCUAACACUGACUCAUAGGUGAAGAAGGAUUUCCCACAGUCGUAGUCACGUACUCUUGCCUCAGACUGCACCUCCACCCUACCUAACCCCCCCCCCCAAUACCAUGCAUCUACUGGUCUCAUUAUGACACAGUGAUAAUUACCCGCUGUGACCGUAGUACAAUAUAAAAGCUGAUGUAGUAUCAGCCAUUAAUGGAACUAAAAAAUAAUGCAUGAAAGUAGCAGAGAAACUUAUGUCUCAAAGUGUUAGCCAAUAGUUUGCUCAUUCUAGCCGUCCACAGGUCACGUCACUCAGAAACGACUGUGUGGUUACUUACGUGGCUGACUUGGGUUUGGGGAAGGGGGAGAUGAUUGAGCAGAUGACAUCAGAGGCAAUACAUCUCCAACAAACUAACUGCACUGUUCAUCGUUCUCAAAAGGGCUUUGGAUUAAAGUAAAGUAAAAAUAUGAGACCUAUUUAAAAUCUAUAUAAAUAAUGUAAAUACAUGUAUGUAGAUGAUAUAUACAUACAGUGCAAACCAUAUACCCUGAUUCAGUUUUGAUACACAGUAUGUUAAAAGACAGAAAAUAAGAGAUGGGGAUCUGCCACAUAAGCUGCUGCUCUCUUUCACAGCCAAAGCAAAUUAUGAAAGAGGACAGCAGAUACAGCUCGGCGCAGUGAUUUGGAUUCAUUUCAAAGAAGUGUGUUUGCUUAGCUUUGUCCAUUUGUAUGUGAACAACAAAGAAAACAUUGGCUUCAAUGUGGAGUUGUUUGGCCUUUUGUGACCCAAACCAAGACGCUUUCAAGCAUUUCAAUGUAAGAAAUUCUUGGGAAAGACAUUUUUGACCAUCGUGGGGUAAUAUUGGCGGGCAUGUGAAUACCUCAUGACUACCACUGGUCUAUCUAUGCAUUAUCAGCCGAAAAAGGAUCAUAACAGUGAUUUGUGCUUUUUUUUGUAACAAGCAGCCCUCCAAUCCACAGGGCUUCUUUGCUCCAACAUCCUGGGUCUCCCACUUCUCAGGGUGCCAUAACAGUAGCUGUAACGUCCGAGACCUGACCUCGGUGGCCUGAAACAUGGCUGCGAGACUUUGCAUCUACCUCCACCUGCCUCCACCUCUUUGUCCAGUCUGUUUGUGCUGGGGGACUGGGCGACAGAUUGGACAGAAGGGAAAAAAGAAGGUGGAAAGGGAGUAUUUCUCUGAAUAACCAUGUCACAGGAGGGGAACCUGGCCUGAAAAUUAAUCUCUGUCCUUUUGUCUGUAUGUUAAAGUGAUAAAAAAAUGACGAUGUUGGAACACAUCACUAACAAAACAACAUUCUGUUUUUUUUAAUAAACACAGGUGCCGGAUAGCCUGUUAAUGACCUGUUUAUAAUGGAUUACAUGUAUUGUUAUAUACUGAUUAUUAUGAUUACUGUUAUUCUGUGGAUCCUAACAAUGACACUGGUCUAAGUGUACAGAUUUUGAGACAAGCCCUUUGCUUUUGGAUUAAGGGAGCUUUCCAGAGGGUCUGUCUGUUAUUUGUCUCCUCAUAGCUGCAAAGUCAAAUGUCUAAAGGAGUGAGUGUGGCUCCAUCUAGAGGAUGUUCAUGUGCAAUGAUGCAGGCAUUACUGUAGCCAAUCUGCAGGCAAUGAAAAUAAUUGACAGCUUGUAAAACUGUCAGCUCUGGCUUGCAGUUAUCCUCCAGGGUUGUUUAUUUAUAUUCCCUUACCAUGUAUGUAUGACGUGUGUGUAUGAGCUCUCCUGCAGAACCCAUACAAGCAUGAAACCUGUUUGUUGUCAACUUGACUUUCUCCCUUUGCACUGAGGGGCUCCUGAUUGGGUCCCCAGAGUGCCUCAUUACCCAGUCUGUGUGCUUGCAAAUUAACAUGCAUGAACCCAGAUGACACAGUUUGUCCCUGUGUUGCAGCUCACCUGUCUCUUCAACAUAAGUGUAUCCUGUGUAACAGACAGGCUCUCACACUCCUCAGUCUCCAGCAACGAUUGUGCAAUAAACUGAAGUCUAUAUUUUUAAACUUGUCUUCUUGAGUCUUCUCUUUCAUCCAAGUUUCUUUUCAUGUCCUGGUGUGACACUGCACACCUUUUAAAGACUACUUUCAAGGCAUGGUGUGCGUUAAUUGAGAGGAGAGGAUAGUGGGUAGAGUCCUAAACCAGAGAUGGAAGGGGUGUAUGGGGAUAUCCUGGGAUGAAGGGCUGAGGGAUGGACUGGAGUCAUGUCGCUCAGCCUCAGCCUCUCAUAUCCACAAUAUAACCACUUAAACUGGCCCCCAAGUAUUUAGAAUAUUAAAUGAAACAUUUUGUCUGGUCUUAACCAAUUUCCUUUACCAUUUGAAUGAUAUUUCAUACCAUAAAAGUUAAAUUAUUAUCACUGGCAUGACACUAUGAUUAACACUGAAGGGGCAUAAGCUUUUUUUUUUAUUCAAAGUUUUCAUAUUUAUACACAGAGGUCACACAGGUCCAGACCUUAAAGAAUACAAACAGACAAUUAACAUAUUCAAAACACAACUGCAAAUAGGGAAGAUCAGUGCAUGCUAAUACUUAAAUUAAUAUUGAAUUCAUUGUCAUUAGGUUCAAAUUGUCCUAUGUAGAUCAGGUUUCAAAAACACAACUUAUUUCAUAUUGACCAGAUUUAACAAUCAAUUACAUUUAAUCAAAUCAAUAUGGCGAAAAUGAUAUGUGCCCCCACAUCUGCUUUCAGAUGGUUUCAGACCUAAACUUAAUGUCAUUUAGUGUAUCUGUUAUUUGCUUCAUACCUAGAAGAUUAAAAAAGUCAAAUGCCCAUGUUUCUAUAUAUGUUUCUAUAGCGAAACAUUUUGGUUUGGUUUGGUUUGGUUUGGUUAGUGAAUUACCCAGUUUGACAUAAUCAUUCUUUUGGCAGCCAACAAGGCUAAACCAACUGUCUUCCUUUCUUGUGAUGUUUUUGAUUGUAAAGCCCUGUGACCCAACAGACACUCAGAUGGACAUGGAGCAAUAUUUACAUGAAUGAUCACUUAAAUUAACUUAUUGAAUCCUGUCCAAAAACACUUGACUGCCAGGCAGAGCCAUAACAUAUGAUACCAAUUUCCCACUUGUCCACAUUCAUUCCCACAAAGAUUUGAAACACUUGGGUCUACUCUUUGAAGUCUAGAGGGAGUAACAUAUGUUUAUGAAUAAUUUUCAGCUGUUUUACUCAACUUCUGACUGAUUUUGAAGUUGUUUAUGUCCCACCAAAUGUUUUCCCAUUCUGCAGAAAAUAAAUUUAACCCCUAAAUCAAUCUCCUAUUGUAACUCUGUUUUUGAGUUCAGGUUUGGGGAGAAAUGAAGAAGCAACUCAUAUAAACCUGAGACUGCUCCUCUGUGUGAUGAUAAAAGUCCGAUUUUUUUUUUGUCAGUGUCGUAAUUGUUAUCAAAAUAUUCUUUGGGAAAUUUGGAAACAAUUGACUUUAAAGAGGAAUACUGUAAAAAAACUACUUGUAUUCAAGUUAUGUCUUCUUCUAAGUUCCUCAUAGGGCAGAAUCUUUCUGUUCACUACAAUCUAAGAAAUUUCUAUUAUAUUGUGAUUGCACCAUUAUUACUAUAUUGGCUAGUAGUUGGCUGUUCCAAAGUGAGGAUAAUGACACAUAAUUGUUCUUCUUCUUUACAAGAUGUUUAUUUGUCUCUAUUCUUUUUAUCGCCCCAAAUAAGUCAAUACUAGGCAUUAAAUUCAAGAAAAUACAAAUAAACAUCAGGGAUUCCAAGACCCCCAUUGUCUCUUGGUAAGGAUUAUUUUUUCUGAUUAAUUCGAGGCUUCUUGGAGGGGCAUAAUCACAUUAAAGGUCCCAUAUUAUGCAAAAUUUACUUUAGAAUGGUUUUCUAACAAUAAUAUGCUUCUCCAGCCUGUCUACAACCCCCCCCCCCAAAAUGAGAAAAAUUCUAUCCUCUCCUUCUCUUGCUUGUUCUACCUUUCAGAAAAUGUCUGCUCAAAUAGGCGGAUUGAAACUAUCGCCUUCCAUGAUGUCAUGGACGGCAAUAAAUCCUCCCCUCCAGGUUGGUGACCCUGCCCAAGAUGUUUGUUCUGCCCCGCCCCCCCCUGAAAAUUUCCACUCGGACACUAUUUUUCUCCCUCGCAAACGCUGGUUCAAAGUGGUGACGAUAGGAGCAAAUCACGGCAGUUGCUCUGUUGUCGGCUGCACAAAGCAGCACAGGAGUCUGUUUUUGUAGACUGCAAGAACAUAGUCAGGAGAGAUAACUAUACUUACAAUAUUGCACAUUCAUUAAAAGAGCUCCAAGUAACCAGAAGACAGCGGAGAUGUAACCGUUAGCAGGAGCUAAUGUUACCUAGCUACAGUUAAGUCACUGUGUACCAACACACGAACAAAGUAAAAAGAAAAAUAUUGAGACACAUAGUAUUUGUAACUAACCAUUCAGAAAUGUCCUGCUGCAGACACAGAGCUAGACUUUCUCCAGGAGCCUGUCCUUCUGGGUCAGACUCUGGAUCAAACUGGUAAGUACAGCUGGACCACAGCGCUUUAAGAGCCAUACCUAGCACUCUGUGUAAACAUAAGCGCAUUGUACCAUAGCACAAGCCCCUAACCCCCUCUUUCAGAGAGAAAGGGAGGGGCGUGGCUUACGCUCAAGGAUGUGUGGACAGGCGAAGCAUGCAGAAACAGUGGCCCUCAUUUAUCAAGCUUGCGUACGGCAGAAAACUUGCGUACACCUUGCGUACUACAAUUUUGACAUGAGGAUCAGCGUUUAUCAAUCUGCAUGUGAGCGUACGCUACGACCAAAUCUCACGACAGGUCUGACAUCGUGUAACAAGUUUGAGUCCGUGGGGAUCUGCAGUGCAGCAAAUGUCUGUCUCAAAAUAAUUGAUAAACAAACCUCAAACCUGUCAUUAAGCACAAUCAGCCAGAUUUCAUUAAAGAUUAAGACGUAAAUAAAAUAAAAUAAAAUAAAUUUGUUAUGUCCUUAGUGAAUAGGCCUAUUUGAUAACUCUGCCCAGAAACACUGCCACAGAGUAGGAGCAUCGUUUCAACAUUACGCACACAUGCACACGCACCACUGUGGAGUGCUGCGUUUGACUCCUAUAAGGCAGGUGUCUCUGGCCCUCAUUUAGGUUUCAAAAACACAAUGUUUUUCAUAUUGACCAGAUUUAACAGUCAAUUACAUUUAAUCAAAUCAAAAUGGCGACAAUGAUAUGUGCCCCCACAUCUGCCUUCAGAUGGUUUCAGACCUAAACUCAGUGUCAUUUAGUGUAUCUGUUAUUUGCUUCAUACCUAGAAGAUUAAAAAAGUCAAAUAUCCAUGUUUCUAUAGCGAAACAUUUUGGUUUGGUUUGGUUUGGUUUGGUUAGUGAAUUACCCAGUUUGACAUAAUCAUUCUUUUGGCAGCCAACAAGGCUAAACCAACUGUCUUCCUUUCUUGUGAUGUUUUUGAUUGUAAAGCCCUGUGUUACGGCUGUGUGUUUGUUUUGCAUGUGUUUUUCCCCUUUUGUCUCUCCAUAGCUGCCCAGGUGAAAUCACUUGAGUGACAAUCAGACUCACCUGGUGCUGGGAGUCUAAAGCCCAGAGCUGCCUGCAGUCUGGAGAGGCAUUUGGUGGGGAACUGCUGCCCUGCUGCCUCUCAUUUGUGUUGUGGGUGCUUUGUGUUUACUUUGCAAUUUUGUUAUGUUGUCACAUUAAAUCACUUGUUAAACUUUUGAAGGUGUUUCUUAAUUUGAUGGGUAAAAAGUUGAGGAUAGUUGUUAGCCCCAUAGGGCCGCCUAAGGGUGGGGCGUAACAAAUGGGGGCUCGUCCGGGAUCGAACAUCCAUGAGGUUCUUUGAAGUUGUUUUUUUUCCUUUCGUAACUAGUGACCAUAGUUUGGGUUUGUUAGUCUUCUGUUUCUGUCACGAUCUUAAGUAGUUGCUUUUAUUUGUAACUUCUGAGCACCCUGAUUAUUUAGUCGCCGGGCAGGGAAGAGCUUGCCACUUUUUUAUUUUGCCUUUCUUAUUUUUGGUGGUAAUCCUGAGGAGGGGGCACACUUAGGUGAUGCCUCGAGCUUGGCAAGCCACUGAAGACUAGCUAGGUAAGUCAGACAUCUUAAGCAGGUAGGGGUUGGGGUGACUCAUUUUGAUCUGUAAUUGUUUUGUACUAUAGUACUGUUUUUGUGUGUUUCAGAAGGCUACCCAUUCUUGCUUGGUCACUCUGUGUGAUAACAGUUAGGAUUUUGUGUGCAGUAACUUGUGUUGUGUGACCAUUCGUUGGUGGUAACUGCUCUCCACAUUUGGUGGGUCACGUGUGAGUUGCAUCUUGGGUGUAAGGUGGCAACAGUUGUGUAGUGGUGACUACUGUGUGACCAUUUUGUGUAGUGGUUUGCAGUCCACAUUUGGUGGGUCACUUGUGUGUUACUGUUUCGUGUACCUAUUUGUAUGUUUCGUUCGUUUGGCUUGUUGCCAGCCUUCUCACAGUAACUUGUGUGUCUUUUGAAGACUUUGGUCCAUUUGUGUUGUGGUGGUGGCAGUCACCUUUUGUUGGAUCUCUGUGUGCUGUUUGUGAAUGACAGCAGUGUUGUAGUUUUACUACUUUUGUUGAUCCGUUUGUGUGUGUGACUGUUCACUCCACUUUAGUGUUGGACAUCUGUUACUGUGUGUGGUAUUGGCAAAUUUAGUGUUUUGCUCUUUGUUUGUGUAAACCUCAUGGUAGUAGCCAUUUUGCUUUGUGGGAGUGGCACCCACUUAAUUGGCUACUUUUGGGAUGGAUGCUCUUGAAUUUGGUUGCAGCAUCUUCCUUGGCCCUAAUUUAAGAUUGUGUUCCUCACGACCCAUUUUGCACCUUUUUGUCAGCAGUGGUUGUCUUCAGUUUUGGGUAAAUAGUGAAGGGUUUUUUUUUUUAAGCUUGUGCAGUGGUGUGUGUUUUGUAACACACAGCCUUGGUGAGUAACACCCAUUUAGUUAGUUUCUUGUGUUAAUAUAGUUGACACAAUGCACUUUAAUUCAAUGAAUAAAUGUUUUGUAUUGUUUUGGAUUUAUGGUGUGCAAUUGUGGUGUUUAUUUUUGCAGUACAAAUGAUUUAUUCAUUGUUUUAAGGGUGGGGGUGUUACGGCUGUGUGUUUGUUUUGCAUGUGUUUUUCCCCUUUUGUCUCUCCAUAGCUGCCCAGGUGAAAUCACUUGAGUGACAAUCAGACUCACCUGGUGCUGGGAGUCUAAAAGCCCAGAGCUGCCUGCAGUCUGGAGAGGCAUUUGGUGGGGAACUGCUGCCCUGCUGCCUCUCAUUUGUGUUGUGGGUGCUUUGUGUUUACUUUGCAAUUUUGUUAUGUUGUCACAUUAAAUCACUUGUUAAACUUUUGAAGGUGUUUGUUAAUUUGAUGGGUAAAAAGUUGAGGAUAGUUGUUUGCCCCAUAGGGCCGCCUAAGGGUGGGGCGUAACACCUGUGACCCAACAGACACUCAGAUGGACAUGGAGCAAUAUUUACAUGAAUGAUCACUUAAAUUAACUUAUUGAAUCCUGCCCAAAAACACUUGACUGCCAGGCAGAGCCAUAACAUAUGAUACCAAUUUCCCACUUGUCCACAUUCAUUCCCACAAAGAUUUGAAACACUUGGGUCUACUCUUUGAAGUCUAGAGGGAGUAACAUGUGUUUAUGAAUAAUUUUCAGCUGUUUUACUCAACUUCUGACUGAUUUAACCCCUAAAUCAAGCUCCCAUUGUAACUCUGUUUUUGAGUUCAGGUUUGGGGAGAAAUGAAGAAGCAACUCAUAUAAACCUGAGACUGCUCUUCUGUGUGAUGAUAGAAGUCAGAUUUUUUUUUGUCAGUGUCAUAAUUGUUAUCAAAAUAUUCUUUGGGAAAUUUGGAAACAAUUAACUUUAACCUAAUCUUAAUUACAACAUUUAAACAAAAAAGACUCUAAACAUCUCAUUUUUAAAAAAAAUUACCUUUAUGAAUCAAUUAUAUAUUUUUUUUCACUAUAUUCUAAUUUCCAAUUUUUAAUAUUUCUUUAUGUGCCACUGAAUGAAGAAAUAGGGUCCAGUUGCAAAAUUCAGAGAUAUUUCCAAGGUUUAAAGUCUGUUGAAUCAAGCUUAGGUAAGUACAUAGGACGUGGUAGCACAUGCAAAGGUAUCCGAAAUAUUAAACAGAAAGGGAAAGUCACUUAAACUAGUCAGAAACACAUUGGGGAAAACAUAAAGAAACCCCUGACAGCUGACACAAGGGUAAAAAUGAACUGGCUCAGAAGGAGGGGAAGACAGAGCUUAAAUACACACAGGGAGAGGGGAUAAAGAGGCACAGAUGGAGCACUUAAGGACAACCAGGGAGGCGGGAGACAUAAGGGCAGGAAGUAAAGCACGUGAAAACAAGAGACAAGGGUAACUUUCAAAAUAAAACAGGAAACACAAGAUGGUAAACAUGAGGAGGGACAAUCUGGAGCUGCAACACUUUAGAACAACCUCUAUCAGAGGCCAGUGUAAAGAUGAGUAAGAUCUGCUAAAAUGUACGGCUGCAGUGAUUUUCC